UCUUCUAGCACAGCUAGCUACUAUAACGCAAGCCGCCUUGGCUGCGAGCGGGGAGACACCGUGUCGAAAAUACAGCAGCAAAAAAACCACCGUAAAUUCGUUCAAUAGAAAGCGUUUCACAAACGCAGACUCUGAAGCGCAGAAAGCAGACACAUUGGCGGGCAAGACAGCGUCCUGAAGUCGUAUUUUAAUGUGAACGUGGAAGGAAACGGAAAGAUGCGAGGAAGACGCGUAUUCUUGGCGGCUGUUUACGCCUUGUUCCAGCUCCAGAUUGCAGGCUGUUUCUCUGGGGACCAUGAGCGCUUUGUUCCCGCACAUCAUCGCUGGCCCUUCCUGGAGAGGAGCCUGGACCAGGGGGCCGGGGCGAGACACCGGGGGCCCUUCCUGGAGAGGAGCCUGGACCAGGGGGCCGGGGCGAGACACCGGGGGCCCUUCCACUCCCUGUCCCUGGCCCGGGAGGGGAGGCUCCGGCCCCCCGCCGUCCUCCGCUCCCACUUCCGCAGGGCCCCCGGGGCCCAGGGGGUCAGCCUGCUGGCCCGGCCCGACCACCAGGUGGAGGUGGAGAACGCCCCGGUGUCAGCCAAACACAUCGUCACUGUGGCGCUGCAGCUGGACAUCCGGAAGCUGAACAUGUCCCUGCUGCGGGCGUUCCGGGACGGGGUGGCGGCCGCCCUGGACGUCUCCCCCCGGCUGGUGCACAUAAACCGGCUCAACGAGCAGAAGAACGGAAUCGAGCUGUACGUGUCAUCGGACCGGCCCGGGGCGUCAGAACCCAUCCGGGCCGAGGAGGUGAUCCGCUCUCUCAACGUCAACGUUCUCCACGGGAGCCUGGGGUCGCUCGGGGUGACCGAGGUCUCGCCCGAGAAGAACGUUCUCCAGGGACAGUACGAGAGGGACAAUGUGUGGACCAAGGAGGGAUUUUACGCUGUGGUCAUCUUCCUCACCAUCUUCAUCAUCAUCGUCACCUGUUUGAUGGUCCUGUACCGGCUGAAGGAGAAGGUUGAGUCCCCCGAUCGGCAGCUGAAGGAGCCCCCCGGCCAGGACGUGCACCUGGCCCCUGUCCCGGUCCAGACCCCUCCGGUGCCGCUCGGCCCCAGCAUGGUGCAGGCCGCCCCGGCCCCAAAACCCGCCAGCACCUGUGUCCCCCCUGUCAAGCCCUGCGCGUCCCCCUUCAGGAUGAAGCCCGCUGCCGGCCUCCAGGAAAGGCGUGGGUCGAACGUGUCUCUGGUGUUGGACAUGAGCGCGCUGGGCGCGGUGGAGCCCCUGAGCUGCGUGGUGGCCACGCCCCGGGAGCGGGCGGCGAUGGAGUACCUGCACACGGCGGGCCGGACCCUGUCCCGCCAGCAGCUCAGAGACACCGUGCUCAACACCCAGAGGCUGCACGCGCAGUUCGUGGAAAUCCCCAUGAAUUUUGUGGAUCCCAAAGAACUGGACAUUCCCAGUCAUGGAACUAAGAACAGAUACAAGACCAUUUUGCCAAAUCCUCAUUCCAGGGUGAUCCUGAGGACCAAGAACACGUAUGACCCCCUCGGCAGCUAUAUCAACGCCAACUACGUCAGAGGUUACCUGGGAGAUGAGAAGACCUACAUCGCCACGCAGGGCCCCAUGAUCAACACGGUCAACGACUUCUGGCAGAUGGCCUGGCAGGAGGACUGCCCCGUCAUCGUCAUGAUCACCAAGCUGAAGGAGAAGAACGAGAAGUGCGUCCUGUACUGGCCGGAGAAGCGGGGGAUUUAUGGGAAGGUGGAGGUGCUGGUGAACAGCGUGCGGGAGUGCGAGCACUACACCGUCCGCAACCUGACGCUCAAGCAGGCGGGGCAGAGCCGCAGUGUUAAGCACUACUGGUACACCUCCUGGCCCGACCACAAGACCCCCGACAGCGCCCAGCCGCUGCUGCAGCUCAUGGCGGAGGUGGAGGAGGACCGUCUGGGCUCGGGCCCCCGGGGGCCCGUCGUCGUGCACUGCAGCGCCGGGAUUGGCCGGACCGGCUGCUUCAUCGCCACGACGAUAGGAUGCCGUCAGCUGCAGCGGGAAGGGGCGGUGGACGUGCUGGGCAUCGUGUGUCAGCUCCGGGCCGACAGGGGUGGGAUGAUCCAGACAGGAGAGCAGUAUGAGUUUGUGCACCACGCCCUCAGUCUGUUUGAGAGCCGGCUCUCAGCCGAGGCAGGCCAGUGAGGCCCCGUCGCCCCGCGACCCCCCCCCCCCCCCGCUCCUGGGGGGUUUACUACAACAGCCCAAAGGUAAUCCUGUUACCCCGGUAACCGUCACUCAAACCGAGGAGCCGUCCAUGAUUGGCCACUGUGGACUGAACUGACAUGGCGUCGAGCUGAAGGGGGCGGAUCACACUAAAGAAGGACAAGUGAAUGUACUGUGUCCUGCCCCUUCAUCCUCCUCCUCUUCCUCCAUCUUCCUCUCUCAUAAGGGCCUCUUACCACCCCCUAAAUAAACUCUGCCCUGUCCUCAUGGCAACAAUGCGGGCUCCGCCCACUCUGCCAGCUGUACCAAUCGUACACCAACGUCCUGGAUCUCUUAUCGGCUGUUACACGUUCUUGUAGAAUACACUAACGGCUGUUUUUAUCAAUGUAUUUAUUUAUUUAUUUAUUUGAAUACAUUUUUAUUCCUGUAUUCUGUUAAUUUUACUAAUCAAAGUUGAUAAUCAAAUUUUAUUUCGAUUGUUCGACGUAAAAUAAUCAAAUAAAAUUUAAAUAAAAAAGAGAUAAAAUCUUAGCAAUGUCACCUUUGGUUUGGAGAGGGUGCAAUAAAAAAAGACUGUUAUAAUCGCGUUGUGUUGGAGGCGACAGGUGGCGUUCGUUCUUGUGGCCAUAGUGAGGAUGUUAAACUGAUAUUUCUUUUGUGGGAUCUCCAGGCCCCAGAUAACCCAGAUAGCCUGCUUUAGGGAGAGAGUAUUGGGGUUGAGUUGCCAACAAGGCAACCUCUUUUCAGCCGUAUAUCGACUCAUCUUCAUCGAGCUCCAGGCUUAUUCUUUUCCUUUUGAAUAUAAGAUGAGUUUCAGGGCUGUGUCGGUACAGACACCAUACAGUACAGUGAGGCUGUAAGCGGUUCAUGCCAAAGCUUGCUCAAUAGCCUGUAUGUCUUGUUUUAAUCAUUUAGGAAUUAAGAAUACAGCCCCCAAAAAGUGCAAGGCUAGCUCUGUCUUUGUACGACUAUAAGCUUUAGAUUUUAGGCAUGAAGAUAGUGUCUGUUUCAAAUUCAUACCUUUACUGUAUUGACUGUUAUAGAAAGCCUUUUGACUGCACGGGGCAAGAGAUCCCUGAUUUACAGUACACUUUACCGUAAAAUACCAAAUAAACUAACAUAUACAGUCAUUAUUAAAGAUUAAAGUUGCAGUCUAAAUAUUUGAGAGUGUAGUCAUGUGAAAAAUCAAGUUGUCAAACUGUAAACGUAAUCAUAUUUUUUGUAAAAAUGACACUUCAGAAAUGUUUCAAGAUGUUUAGAACGCCUAAUCUUGGAAGUAUGAGAUUAUGAACCUCGAUUAUUUUGCAUGUCCUUCAUGAGAAUGGAUUUAUUGCAUUUGUACUUAGCCCACAUAUACAUGAAAACCAUCUAUUCUAUCAGAUCCUGCACCAAACCGUUUUUGUAAGAAAGAUGCUGUCUUUAAACAUUAGAUUUGGACGUUCCCAAAUGUCGUUUUCCAAGUUGACUGGCUCUUGGAAUGCCAGGAUAUGCCAUUUUUUGGUGCUAAAAUGAUCCCAUUGGACGGUUGCAUUCAGAGCGCCGCCAUUUGCUAUGGGAAGCCAAAGUGAGUCUUAACUGACUACAAGUCCCAGGCACUGGUAGGACUACAACAAGAACAAGAGCCAAAAUGUCUGUUCUCAGAUCCCAUUCUGCUGCUGAUGCUAAACAACAGACCUGAAGUCUGUUCCCAAACCCCUAUUGUAGUACCAUGUUUAUUUUACGAGAUGGCAGCAUACUGAACCGACAAACGCUUAUUGUAUAGGCGUUGUUUCUAUACAAUGGGAUGUCUCAAACUUUAAAACACUGCAAGAAUGCAAGAAUGUGCAAAUAAGGCUUUCCCUCAAAAGCAACACUAACAAGCAUGAUCCCCUCGACCAUUCACCCGUUCAUCUUUCAUUGUUUUUUACAGGGUAAAAUCAUUAUUGUUUUCAAAACUGGAAUCAUAACUACCUACAUGCAGUGCACGAUACGGACUGAGAAGCCUGUUGUGAGGUCACGUUACGGCAUACCUGUGGCAUUAUUUUUAAUGUCUGUGACCAAUGGUGUAUGUCAACAUCUUUUUGAGGUGCUGGUCUGACUCCCUCCCAAAUUAUUUUAGCCGAGUGCUUUUCAGACGAAGCUGAUAUGCGCAGGUGUGUACACGUGCCACACACACACACACACACACACACACACACACACACACACAGACCAUACAUGUCAGGGCUUCGUGUCCCCGGACCUUUACUGCUGAGAGAUUUGGCUCUGAGAAGACAGCGAUCUGUGUGUAGAUGCUUGUCUUCAUGUGCGGUACAGUACACUUAUUGUGGAAGCGUAUGUAUGGUACAUGCUAAAGUGCUAUUACAAAUUAUGUGGCCCAGGUACCAUUUCACCACAUGACAAUCUUGCUGCUAAGACUGCAAGUGUUUUAUCUGUAUAUCUUACAAAAUAGGAGGGGGGGAAAAAACGAUUGUUGUUUGACAAUGAGAAUUUUAUGGAACCAUUUUUGUAUGUAUUGUUUAUUAAAUUAUUAUUCUUAUUAUUACUAUAAUUAUUUUAUUAAUUUGUGAUAAAGGUUUCAAAAAAAAUAUUUGUUCAUAUUAGGACUAUGUAGCGGGUACAAUGCACAAUGGCCAUUUGUGUUUAUAAAUGAAAAAUGUUCAUGUAUACUGUUUACUGUUAGUAGCGAUUAUCCACUAUGUGGGGUUCUGGUUAUAUUGGCCAGUCCAUGACUUGUUUUCCUAUAAACUAUUAAUCCAAAUGAAUGUUGUGAUAAUUUCACUGUCCAAUAUGGCUAUAAUUGUAACUACUUAUAUCGGUAUCAAUAUACUGUACAUAUGUAUGCCUCAGAUUACACAUAAGGAGGGAAAAAAAAGUCUAGAAUCGAGUGACUGUUUAUGGAUGUGACACUUUGAUUGAAAGAUAUUUUGUGCUUGGAUUUGGCACACCUGGGCUUAUCUGAGAUUCCUAUUGUCUUGUUUCUUAGACCUGGAAAUGAAUGGUCACACUUUACAAAGUUCAUGAAUUGGCAUUAACUAAUGUGUUUGUCAACAUGGAUUAAUGAUGUACAAAUACAUUAACAGAGCUGUACAGAUUAACUUCUCAGUAAUGGUGUGACAACUGCAUUAUUCAAUUCAUGGAACCUUACUGUGAAGUGUUACCAUAGAAACUAUAAGAGAGGAGCGGAUUGAAGAGUGACAGCCUGUUAUAAAAAAAGAAAAGUUUUUGCCAGCUCAGAUCAUGUAGCUUUCUUUCUGAGUUUCCUUUUCUCUGUCAGGCGGACCUUCACAGAGGGUGUUUAGAAACUGGUAUCAACAGUUAAGAGGGAGCCUAGGUGUACUAAAUUAAGCCAUAAGGUACUAUGAAUCUUUCAAAAGGAUUGUUCCGCGUAUUUGUAUACUGAUUUCUAAUCAAAUGUCAUUAUAAUGUCUUUGUGGGAAAAAGUUAUUUCCUUGGAUAGACUGAGCAGUCUACUUCUACGCAGACCGACCUGUGUUGUUUCCUAUGCGGCUGACUUUAUAUUAUGUACUGCCAAUAAACUGAAUUUUAAACGA